AUGGAUUUUGAUUCAAGAAAAAUAGUCUUUAUUGUUAAUGUGGUGGUAGUGGUGGUGGUGGAGUCUUGCCUUUUGGGAAGUGUUAGUGGUGCGACAAAUCAAAAUGAUUUCAAGAUUCUGAAUAAUUUUAGAAACGGGUUAAAAAAUUCACAGCUCUUGAAAUGGCCUGCUGGAGGGAAUGAUCCAUGCGGCCCUCCUUCAUGGCCUCAUGUGUUCUGUCAAAACGGCAGAGUAACACAGAUUCAGGUUAAGGGGCUUGGUCUACAGGGACCUUUGCCUCAGAAUUUUAAUCAGUUGGAUAAGCUUCAGAAUCUUGGACUUCAGAACAACAAACUCAGUGGAGAUUUGCCUACUUUUAGUGGUUUAUCCAAUCUUCAAUUUGCAUACUUGGAUUAUAAUCAAUUCGAUUCAAUCCCUGCUGAUUUCUUCGAUGGGCUUAGUAAUGUUCGCGUUUUGGCUUUGGAUAAUAAUCCCUUUAACCAGAGCAGUGGAUGGUCCAUACCUAGUGAUCUAGUGGAAUCUUCGCAGUUGGUGAAUUUUUCUUGUUCAAGUUGUAAUAUAGUUGGGCCAGUUCCUGAUUUUUUUGGGAAGUUGUCAUCACUUACUUUGUUAAGAUUGUCCUAUAAUAAGUUAACUGGUGGCAUCCCGCAGACAUUUCAGGGCUCAAUGUUGCAGGUUCUGUGGUUAAAUAAUCAAGAUGGGGGCGGUAUGACUGAUUCAAUUGAUGUCAUUGGGUCUAUGGUUGGUCUAACUCAGGUAUGGCUGCAUGGAAAUCAAUUUACAGGGUCGAUUCCACAUAAUAUUGGGGAUUUAACUUCCUUAAGAGAACUCAAACUCAGUAGAAAUCAACUAGUUGGUAUGAUUCCCCCAAGUUUGGCCAAUAUGAAUCUUCAAUUAUUGGAUUUGAGCAAUAACAUGUUUAUGGGCCCAAUACCAAAGUUCAAAGCAGCAAAUGUUAGCUACCAAUCAAAUUCAUUCUGUCAAUCUGAUCCUGGUGAGCAAUGUGCCCCUGAAGUUACAGCACUUUUGGACUUUCUUCAAGAUGUGAAUUAUCAUGGAAAACUUGCUUCUCAGUGGAAUGGUAAUGAUCCUUGUAGGGGACCCUGGUGGGGGAUUACCUGCAAUCCGACGAACCGUGUUUCUAUCAUAAAUUUGCCGAAGCUUGGGCUUAAUGGUACGCUUAGUCCUUCACUUGUGAAUUUACAGUCAUUGCUUGAAAUUCACUUAGGAGGAAACAAUCUAGAUGGCAUGAUUCCUGUAAAUUUAACUUUGUUGAGAUUGCUAAGAUUGCUGGAUAUAAGUGGGAACGAUUUUGAGCCACCAUUACCGAGAUUCGGCAAUGGUGUGAAGUUAAUCACUAAUGGUAACCCAAAAUUAACUGGUAGUUCACCUAAAGGAUCCCCUAAACCAUCUGAUUCACCGGUUCCCCCUUCUUCAAGUCCUGAAUUGCCAUCAAACACUUCUUUACCCCCAGUCCCUACUGAUGAAUUACCACCAUCAUCACCACCCCGAAAUUCUAAACACUUCAAACUACUUGUCAUUGUGGUUAUAGCUGUAGGUGCUACAGUUUUUACUUUUCUCGGACUUCUUCUGGCCGUCUAUUGCAUUAGGAAGAGAGAAGAGAAGAAAAUGGUUGCUGGUGACUUCGUAAUGCAUCCUAAAGACUCAUCGGAUCCUGGUAAUACAGUGAAGAUUUCAGUAGCAGAUAACUCUUCCUUAGAGGCUCAAAAUGGUACGACUGCAGCUAGUGGGACUAGUGGUGGAUUGGCAAGUUCCCACGUGAUUGAGUCUGAAAACUUGGUCAUUUCAGUUCAAGUCCUUCGCAAGGUGACCAAUAAUUUCACACAAGAAAAUGAGCUUGGACGUGGAGGUUUUGGAUCAGUUUACAAGGGAGAAUUUGAAAAUGGAACAAAAAUAGCUGUUAAGAGAAUGCAAGCAGGGAUAAUUAGUAACAAAGCAUUGGAUGAAUUCCAAUCAGAAAUUGCUGUGCUUUCUAGUGUCCGCCACCGGAAUCUUGUAUCCCUUUUGGGGUACUCAGUUGAAGAAAAUGAAAGGCUUCUGGUUUAUGAAUAUAUGCCUCAGGGAGCUCUGAGUAGGCAUCUUUUUCGUUGGAAGAGUCUGAAUUUAGAACCUUUGUCUUGGACAAGAAGGCUUAAAAUUGCUAUUGAUGUAGCAAGAGGGGUAGAAUAUCUUCAUACUUUAGCGCGCCAGAGCUUUAUACACCGAGAUCUCAAAUCAUCAAACAUUCUUUUGGAUGAUGAUUUUCGGGCAAAAGUUGCAGAUUUUGGAUUAGUGAAAUUGGCUCCUGACAAAGAGAGGUCUUUUGCAACCAGGUUGGCUGGGACGUUUGGAUAUCUUGCACCUGAAUAUGCUGUGACGGGCAAAAUUACAACCAAGGUUGACGUCUUCAGUUUUGGAGUGAUAUUGAUGGAACUUUUGACGGGUUUAGUGGCACUUGAUGAGCAACGUCCUGAGGAAAGCAGAUACUUGGCCGAGUGGUUCUGGCAGAGAAAAUCAAACAAAGAGAGUCUUAUAGCUUCCAUCGAUCCUGCCAUUGAUGCGAAAGAAGACAUUUAUGAAAGUAUUUACAUCAUAGCUGAACUGGCUGGACAUUGCACUGCUCGCGACCCAAAUCAUCGUCCUGACAUGGGACAUGUUGUGAAUGUGUUGGCUCCACUGAUUGGUAAAUGGAAACCAGUUGAAGAAACAGAUCAGUGUUCUGAUUUCACCAUCGCUUUACCCCUCCCACAAAUGUUGAAGGGCUGGCAAGAAGAACCUGCUACUCUAGAUUUUAGUGGUAGUCAAGAUAGCAAAGGAAGCAUUCCUUCUAAGCCAUCAGGUUUUGCAGAUUCAUUCACUUCUGCUGAUGCUCGCUAA